ACUUGUAAGGUGUAAACCAGAACUGAGAAGAUACUAAGCUUUCACUGUAUACACAGCAACACCAAGAAACACGCUUCCAUUAUUCAGUCUCCAUUCUUCAGACACCAAACUCAUGGCAAAUUCUGCUUCUGCUAGCUUCUUCACUCAAGCAAAAGCGCUUCUUCUCAAGAACAUUACCUUCCAGAAACGGAAUGUGAAAACCAACGUUCGGCUGAUUCUGUUCCCGGUGGUGCUAUGCGUGUUGAUUUCCAUGCUCCAACUCUUACUCGACACGCAAUUGGAUAAAAGCAAAUUCAAAUGCGGCUGCUCGUGUGCCGACAACAGAACCAAAAUCUCUCAGUGCCCUGACUCAGAGAAGCGGUGCGGAGUCCAGUAUUCCGAUUUCUUUCAAGCCCCCAUGUGCGCCAUUCCCAACCCCGUGGAAUGGCCACCGCUCUUGCAACUUCCUGCUCCACCGAAUCGGGCCGUGCGAACCGGUUUUCUUCCCUUUUUCGAUUUGCCUGAUGCAUCGUGCAGGAGAACCGACUCGUGUCCUCUUUCUUUGCUCUUCACUGGAGAGAAUCACUCCUUUGCGCUGAGCGUAUCUGAGAAGAUGUUUCGGAGUACCCUGAGUAUAAGUGAUUUUGGUAGUAAUUUCCUUGCUGGUUUGGCCGUGAAUGUACUGGGAUCUGAAUCAGAACCUCAAAGGAACAAUUUUAUUGAACCUGCUUUCUCUUCGAAUCUCCCCAUUUAUUAUUUACAAACGAACUGCUCAGGAACAGAGAACUCUGGAUUCUCCUUUCCCUCGCCGACAGGAGCAAACAAUGAGAUUAAAUGUGCUCUGGCUAAAAAUUUAUGGCGUAAUAGUUCUACUGAUAUCAACAGUGAGCUGUACAAAGGUUAUCAUAGAGGUAACUCAGAGGGACAAGUCAAUGAGAUAGUUUCAGCUUUUGACUUUCUAAAUUCAAAUGGUAAUAGAUAUAAUGUCGGUAUAUGGUACAACUCAACCUACCGUCAGGACGCAGGAUUUACUGCCAAUGCAUUGUUGCGGAUUCCUCGCUCUGUAAAUCUGAUUUCCAAUUCCUACCUGCAGUUUCUGCUUGGACCUGGAACCAAAAUAAUUUUGGAGUUUGUAAAGGAAAUGCCAAAACCUGAGACCAUUUUUAGGUUUGACAUAUCUUCUAUCGUGGGCGCUCUGUUCUUUACAUGGGUCAUCUUGCAACUUUUUCCUGUUAUUUUGACAUCACUAGUAUAUGAGAAGCAACAAAAAUUAAGAAUCAUGAUGAAAAUGCACGGUCUUGGUGAUAGGCCAUAUUGGAUGAUUUCAUAUGGUUAUUUUCUUGUCACAUCAGUAAUUUACAUGUUGUGCUUUGUGAUAUUUGGCUCACUCUUAGGUAAGAAUAUAACUAUUGAAUUUAUUCAUCUUCGGAUUUACCCAUUUUCUUUGAUGCUUUUGACUUUAUUCUCAGGAUUAAAAAUCUUUACAGUCAAUGACUACAGCAUCCAAUUUGUAUUUUAUUUUAUCUAUAUAAACUUACAAAUUGCGCUAGCAUUUUUGGUGGCUACCAUGUUUUCAAAUGUCAAGACUGCAACAGUAACUGCAUAUAUAGGUGUCUUUGGAACUGGGUUAUUAGGUGGCUUUCUUUUCCGAUUCUUGGUUGAAAAUACAUCAUUUCCAAGAGGGUGGAUAAUUCUUAUGGAGUUGUAUCCUGGGUUUGCUUUAUACCGUGGGUUAUAUGAGUUAGCACAAUUUUCCAUUCCAGGGAAUAGAAGGGGGACUGAUGGUAUGAAGUGGCAUAAUCUGAGUGAAAGCACUAAUGGCAUGAAAGAGGUCUUAAUUAUCAUGUUUGCUGAGUGGAUUGUGAUGUUUUUUGCUGCCUUCUACAUUGAUCAAGUUUUGUCGUCAGGAAGUAGAAAAGGUCCUCUUUUCUUAUUGAAAGGAUUUCAGAAAAAGUCUCCUUUCCAAAAGCUUGAUACCCAAAUGCAGGUGUCAAAAGAAUUAUCUCAAAUGGAGAAACCUGAUGUAAUCCAAGAGAAGGAGAAAGUGGAGGAGCUUCUACUUGAACCAACUAUUAAUCAUGCAAUUCUAUGUGACGAUCUAAGAAAAGUCUAUCCAGGGAGGGAUGGAAAUCCAGAUAAAUUUGCAGUAAGAGGGUUGUUCCUUUCUGUGCCUCCUGGGGAAUGCUUUGGUAUGCUUGGUCCCAAUGGAGCUGGGAAGACCUCUUUUAUUAAUAUGAUGAUUGGUCUCACAAAACCAACCUCUGGUACUGCAUUUGUUCAAGGCUUGGACAUAAGAACUCAAAUGGAUGGAAUAUAUACUACCAUGGGUGUAUGCCCACAACAUGACUUGCUGUGGGACAGCUUGACAGGUAGAGAGCACCUACUUUUUUAUGGCAGACUUAAAAAUCUUAGAGGCUCAGUCCUAACACAAGCAGUAGAGGACUCUUUGAAGGGUUUAAACCUUUUUCACGGAGGAGUUGCCGAUAAACAAGUUGGAAAGUACAGUGGAGGGAUGAAGAGGAGGCUUAGUGUUGCAAUUUCAUUGAUUGGGGAUCCCAAAAUUGUUUACAUGGAUGAACCAAGUUCCGGAUUAGACCCUGCCUCAAGAAAAAUGUUAUGGAGUGUUGUCAAGCAUGCAAAACAGAACCGUGCAAUCAUUCUCACCACACAUUCCAUGGAAGAGGCAGAGGCCUUAUGUGAUCGAUUGGGCAUUUUUGUAAAUGGCAGCUUGCAGUGUGUAGGAAAUGCAAAAGAGCUUAAAGCAAGAUAUGGAGGAACUUACGUGUUGACAGUGACGACAUCUUCAGAGCAUGAAAAAGAUGUGGAGAACAUGGUGCAGAAACUCACCCCAAAUGGCAAUAAGAUAUACCAUCUGUCAGGUACUCAGAAGUUUGAGCUGCCAAAAGAGGAUGUUAGAAUAUCAGAUGUGUUCCAAGCUGUUGAUGUUGCAAAGAGAAAGUUCACUGUUUCUGCAUGGGGUUUAGUUGACACCACAUUGGAAGAUGUAUUCAUUAAGGUAGCAAAUCAGGCUCAGGCAUUUGAUACCUUCUCAUAAUUAUCAUACAAAAUUAACUGCUCAGAACCAAAUAAAUCAACAAAUCGCUACUCUAUAUUAGUUAAGUUUUAUAGCAUCAAGCCUCCAAAUUCUAUA